AUGGCGGCGCUGCUGGAGCACGAGAGCCAGAUCUUCCUGGAGCUCUUCCACCGCGACGGGCUCGUCGUGUGCGCCCGCGGGCUCGGCAUCGACCGCCUGCUGCUGCGCUUCCUGCGCCUCUACUGCGAGCCCGCCAGCCUCGUGCUCGUGCUCAACACCAGCCCCGCCGAGGAGGAGUAUUUUAUUGAUCAGCUGAGGUCAGAUGGAGUUGUUCAUCUCCCUCGACGCGUUACCAAUGAAAUUGCAAAUAAUACUCGAUAUGAAUUUUAUACACAAGGAGGAGUCAUCUUUGCAACCAGUCGGAUCCUUGUGGUCGAUUUCCUUACUGACAGAAUUCCUGCCAAUCUCAUUACUGGUAUUUUGGUGUACAAAGCACACAGAAUCAUUGAGUCCUGUCAGGAGGCGUUCAUCUUGCGACUUUAUCGCCAGAAGAACAAGCAAGGCUUCAUCAAAGCUUUUACAGAUAAUGCAGUUGCAUUUAACACUGGCUUUUGUCAUGUGGAAAGAGUGAUGAAGAAUCUUUUUGUUGGGAAGCUUUAUCUGUGGCCAAGAUUUCAUAUAGCAGUGCACUCGUUUUUAGAGAAGCAUAAACCUGAAGUGGUGGAAAUUCACGUGGCAAUGACCCCUGCUAUGCUUGCUAUCCAGACUGCAAUCCUGGACAUUCUGAAUGCAUGUCUGAAGGAACUGAAACGUUACAACCCAGCUCUUGAAGUAGAAGAUCUAUCUUUAGAGAAUGCUAUUGCUAAACCUUUUGACAAGACAAUCCGCCACUAUUUAGAUCCUCUCUGGCAUCAGCUUGGAGCUAAGACAAAGUCUUUGGUGCAGGAUUUGAAGAUCCUCCGUACUUUGCUACUGUAUCUAACCCAGUAUGAUUGUGUGACUUUCCUUAAUCUCCUGGAGUCACUGAAAGCAAGUGAAAAAGCUUUUGGUGAGAAUUCAGGCUGGCUGUUCCUGGACUCCAGUACUUCAAUGUUUGUGAAUGCUCGAGCUCGAGUUUAUCGCAUUGCAGAUGAGAAACUGAAUCAGAAAGGCAAAGGCUCAGGCUCUGAAAAACGUGAUGUAAAGAAGGAAAAUGAACUGAAAAGGGAAUUGGUUCUAGAAAGUAACCCAAAAUGGGAAGCUCUGAGAGAAGUACUGAAAGAGAUUGAAAAUGAGAAUAAGAACAGUGACAACCUUGGCGGUCCAGGGCAAGUGCUCAUCUGUGCCAGUGAUGACCGAGCCUGUGCACAGCUCAGGGAGUGUAUUAUUACUGGAGCAGAAGCUUUCUUAACAAGACUUUAUAACAAAACCUUCGGAAAGGAUGAGAAAGCUGCAGAAGUGUGGGUUAAGGACAGAAAAGCCAUGAAGUCCAAAGGAAAUGCCAAAGCAGACACAGGGCCUCAAGCCAAAAAAGCCAAACUGACAGCUUCUUCAAAACAAAAUAAACAGAAGAAGCAGCAAGACCGGACUCUAAUCCAAAUGAUAGGGAAAACUGAGGAGGAAAAGAGAGAGGAGGUGGAGGUGGAAGACAACAAAGAAUUAAGUAGUAGUCAAGAAGGCAACAUUGAAGAGACCAUUGCUGAAGAUUUUGAUUUCAGCUUGCCCUCAGAUUGUUACUAUGGGAUUUUCAAGGACCCACUGACAAUUAUCCACCCGCUGCAGGGCUGUGGGGAUCCCUACGCGCUCACUCGGGUGCUGCACGAAGUGGAACCCAGAUAUGUUGUGCUGUACGAUGCAGAACUCACUUUUGUUCGGCAGCUGGAAAUCUACAAGGCAAGCAGGCCUGGGAAGCCUUUGAGAGUUUAUUUCCUCAUAUAUGGGGGCUCCACGGAAGAGCAGCGCUACCUCACAGCUCUGAGGAAGGAGAAGGAGGCCUUCGAAAAACUCAUUCGAGAGAAGGCCAGCAUGGUUGUUCCUGAAGAAAGAGAAGGAAGAGAUGAAACAAACUUAGACCUCCUCAGAGAUGCCAGACCUGCCUCUGCCUCUGCUGACACACGCAAAGCAGGUGGACAGGAACAGAAGGGUGUCCAGCAAACCAUAAUCGUGGACAUGCGGGAAUUCCGUAGUGAGCUUCCAUCGCUGAUCCAUCGCCGUGGGAUCGACAUCGAGCCCGUGACUUUGGAGGUUGGGGAUUAUAUUCUAACCCCCGACAUCUGCGUGGAGCGGAAGAGCAUCAGCGAUCUGAUCGGCUCCCUGAACAACGGCAGGCUGUACGCGCAGUGCGUGGCCAUGUGCCGCUACUACAAGCGGCCAGUUCUCCUCAUUGAAUUUGACCCCAACAAAUCCUUCUCCUUGAUCCCACGGGGCUCUUUACAGCCAGAAAUUUCCAGCAAUGAUGUUACUUCUAAACUAACCCUUCUCACACUGCACUUCCCAAAGUUACGAAUCCUGUGGUGUCCCUCUCCCCACGCUACUGCUGAAGUCUUUGAAGAGUUGAAACAAAACCAUCCCCAACCCGACGCAGAAACGGCGAUGGCCGUCACCGCAGACUCCGAAAUUCUCCCCGAGUCAGACAAGUACAACCCUGGGCCUCAGGACUUCCUGCUGAAAAUGCCAGGGGUUAAUGCAAAGAACUGCCGUGCCUUAAUGACCCACGUUAAAAGCAUCGCAGAGCUGGUGAUGCUGUCCAAGGAUGAGCUAGCCAAGAUUUUGGGUAAUGCUGCCAAUGCCACACAACUCUUCGACUUUAUUCACCUGACCUAUGCAGAGGCACUAGCCAAAGGAAAAAGCAAAAGAUGACUCAUGAGAUUGUUCAACACGCAGCACAGAUAAGCUUUUCUGGCACAGUACUUUGGCAAAUACAUGAAAUAUUUUAAUAAAUGCCCCCUCUAAGAUAACCAGCUGUUCCUUGCUAAUGCUAUUCCAUCAGUUUUAAUAUGUGAGUUAAUUAUUACUGAAGGCAAGUUUCAAGAGGAAAAAAAAUAUUUUUA